AUGUUGGACUUGGAUGGCACUGAGAACAAGACCAACCUCGGGGCCAACGCCAUUCUAGGUGUUUCCAUGGCCUGCUGUCGAGCCGGAGCGGCACAGAAGGGCAUCUCUCUGUACAGGCACAUCAAUGAGCUGGCUGGAAAGCCACCCAUGUGCAUGCCCGUGCCAUGCUUCAACGUCAUCAAUGGUGGGGUCCAUGCUGGCAACUAUCUGGCCUUUCAGGAGUUUUUCCUGAUUCCAGUGGGGGCAACCACUUUCGCCGAAGCCAUGAAGUUGGGAUCUGAAACCUAUCACAACCUGAAGGCCAUCAUCAAGAAGAAGUAUGGCCUCGAUUCCACCGCGGUGGGCGACGAGGGAGGCUUCGCGCCAGCUGUGGCGGACCCUGAGGAGGGUCUACAGCUGCUGCUGGAAGCCAUCGAUCAAGCGGGGCACAAGGGAAAGAUUCUGAUCGGUUCGGAUCCGGCGUCCUCGGAGUUUUGGAAGGAGAAGGAGCAGGUCUAUGUGAGGAGCUCAGGGGCCCUGGAUGAUGGAGCUAUGGAUGAUGAUGUGUUGGGGGUUCCUUGUCCGGGAAAGGAUCCGCACAGAUUCACUAAGGACUUGGACUUCAAAUGCAAGGAACCCAAGGCAUCACAGAAGAAGUCGCGUGAAGAGAUGGUGAAGCUUUACAAACACUUUUGUGACACCUAUCCCAUUGCGCUCCUCGAGGACCCCUUUGCAGAGGAGGACUUCGAGGGUCACGCGCAGCUCACGGCCAUCGUGGGCGACAAGGUGGAAAUUGUGGGCGACGAUCUCUAUUGCACCAACACCAAGCGAGUGCAGAUGGGCCUAGACAAGAAGGCAACCAAUGCCAUGCUCCUCAAGGUGAACCAAAUCGGCAGCGUCACGGAGAGCAUCGCGGCCUGGCAGCUCUGCAAGGACAACAAGUGGGGCGUCUUCGUGUCUCACCGCUCGGGUGAAACGGAAGACACCUUCAUCGCGGACCUCACGGUGGGCCUUGGCACGGGGCAUCUGAAGACCGGCGCACCCUGCAGGAGUGAACGUCUGGCGAAGUACAAUCAGCUGUUGCGGAUCGAAGAGGAGUCCAGCCUGAAAUUCUGCGGGAAGCACUUCCGACAGCCCUGGACCUUGGAGGGCUCCGGCGGCUACUGA